ACGAAAAGAUAUGCGCAGAAAAUUGAUACCCAUCAUUUCUAAUAACAUACCCAUCGGUUUCUCGCCAGCGUCCAACUUUCCCACUUUGCGCUCUGCCGCAUCCCACGUCACUUUUACCACCAGCACCGCCGCCAAAAUACUAACACCACGUACAAUGUCUAGCCCAGCGGGUACCAAGCGGGAUGCUGGCCAUCUCAAAUCCCCGGCGACAGACAGCAAAAAAACCAAGACCAAUGGCAGCAUCACGUCGUUCUUUGGUGCCCCGAAGGCCAAACCCACUAACGCCAAUGCCAACGCCAGACCCGCCAGUGUUGUGCCCUCCAACUUCAAUAAGCAGAAAUGGGUGGAUUCGUUGAUGCCGGAGCAAAGGACUUUGCUUAAACUCGAGAUCGACACCAUGGAUGAGAGCUGGCUGGCACGGCUUAAGGAGGAACUGGUAACUCCGGAAUUUCUGGACUUGAAGCGGUUUCUUAAGAAAGAGAAGGACUCGGGUGCGAAGAUCUUUCCCCCAGAGAAUGAGGUCUAUUCUUGGACCCGACAUACACCCUUGAACAACGUUAAGGUCGUCGUCGUCGGACAAGACCCAUACCACAAUCACAACCAGGCCCACGGUUUAGCCUUCUCCGUCCGUCCUCCAACCAUUGCUCCUCCAUCGCUCGUCAACAUCUACAAAGAGAUCAAGAACGACUAUCCAUCUUUCCAGGCACCGCCAAACAAAGGCGGACUCUUAAUACCAUGGGCCGAGCGCGGAGUCCUGAUGCUUAACGCAUGUCUGACGGUUCGCGCUCACCAGGCUAACAGUCAUUCGAAUAGGGGGUGGGAGCGGUUCACUCAGAAGGUGAUUGAUCUUAUCGCCCGGGUGCGAACCCGUGGUGUAGUUUUUCUGGCCUGGGGAGCGCCUGCAGGGAAGCGUGUUGCGGGUAUUGAUAGAAAGAAGCACUAUGUGUUGCAAUCGGUACAUCCGAGUCCACUCAGUGCAUCGCGCGGCUUUUUCAACAACGGUCAUUUCAGAAAGUGCAAUGACUGGCUUGCGAAGCGUUAUGGGCCGG